UCCCACCGAAUCCUACAAUGUAACGCCAACUGGUUACCAAGCAACCAGCUAUCCAAACAAGCAUGGCAAAAUUUGUGCUAGCAGGCAAAGCUGACUGCCCAAACUAUGCCAAAGCCGAACAUCUGUCAGACUCACUGCAGAGAAACCUACCAAACUUCCAGAUUCAUAAAAUCUGUCAGCACCCAAAGGACUGGCAGCAAUGGCUGGAGGCGACCUGUAAAGACAAUGGCUGGAACCAUGAUCGUUCUCCUAUAGUCUGGAGGGAAUUGAUUGACCGUGGAGGGAAGGGCUUGUUGCUGGGGGGGUUAAAUGAAUUUCUGGACCAUAUUCAGGGAUACUAUGGUAUCACCUCAGAUAUGACUGAUGAGCUGAUGAUGAAGGUUGCAGCAGAGAACCUGGACAUAAAAGAGCAGUGCAUGAAGGAUGAGGUCCACUGCCAGAGCCUCAUUAAACCACUGCACAUCUGGAUUAGCAGUUCACUGUCCCCUACUUGCUACCACCUGAUUCCCCUACUGCUUGAGCCUGGUAUGUUUCGAGACUCCCCCAAAAUCCACCUCCACUUGCUGGACGUAGAAGGGGACAGUGAGGCACUGCAGGGCCUCAGGAUGGAGGCUGAGGACAUGGCUCUUCCCCUGCUGCACAAGGUGACUGUACACACCAGCUUGGAAGAUGCUUUCCACAAAGCCCACCUCAUUAUUACCCUGGAUGACUUGAUGUCAGAGGAGGCCGGCAGAGAACAAAACAUGGCGAAGACUGCAGAACGUUUUCGAAAAUACGGCCAACUCAUUGAUGGGAGAGCGCAGAAGGAGGUGCGAGUCAUUGUAGCAGGAAACUCCUUCAUCAACUUAAAGUGUUCUGUGCUUUUGGAGAAUGCACCUUCCUUGAUGUACAAUCGGUUUGUAGCCCUGGCAACCCAACCUGUAAUGGAGGCAACAGCCCAUAUCGCACAGAAGCUAAAUGUUAAGUCCGCAGAUGUGAGAAAUGUAAUCCUCUGGGGGAAUGUCGGUGGUACCUGUCAUAUUGACCUGCAAAAGGCCAAAGUUUUCCACUAUGAGGGGGCAGUCCAGGGACCCCCAGGAUUCUCCCAGGCUGUCCUGGAAAUCAUUCAUGACAGGAUAUGGCUUGAGACUGACUUCCUGGACUUGUUGAGCACCCACCGUGCAAAGCUCUUAGCAAAGACCAAGAGGACUGCAGCUCUGUCAGCAGCCAGUGGGAUUGUUGCUGUUUUAAGAGCCUGGAACUUUGGCUCUGCUCCAGGGGAGAUCCUCUCACUGGGCGUGCUCAGUACAGGGCAGUUUGGCAUUCCUGCUGGUCUGGUGUUCUCCUUACCUGUGAGCUUCCAGCAUGGGGCUUGGGUUGUACCACAUGACAUCUUCAUUGAUGACCAUCUUAAGAUUAAACUUCAGGCUGCUGCCUUCCAGCUUCAAGCGGAAAAAGAUUCCAUCAAGAUUCAAUAACCCAAAUCAAGAAUCAAUAACCCAAAAUAAAAUUAAGACCAGAUAUUUUCUCA